AUGACGUGCACGAAAGUCUAUGAUAUUGAGUCCCGCCUUGCGGAACUCGCCUGUGACUCGAAGACCAAAGGCGAAAGCUGCCAGUACACCGAAGUUACUUCUCCUGAAGACAACAUCACCAUUGACCUGGAUUCUGUGUGUCACAACCCGUACGGGCCCCACAACAGCCCGUACGGGCCGAACAACACCUAUGGAAGCUACUGCUUGAAGCCUGAGUAUGCAGCGUGCUCGGGCAAGACGGUGGGAAACAGUUGUUCUUACUCCGAGGGUGAUUACGCCAACUCCAGGCAGUAUGACUUCGUGGGAGAGCCGAUCGAUGACCCAUGCUACAAGAUCCCGUGUCGACUGGAGUACGCUGGAGGGGAAUGCUCCAUCGAUGGGGAGAUGUUCAAGUGCAAGGGUGCGCAGCUUGCAAACACAGUGCAGCUAGCAGAGCUAGCAUCAUCAGGACGCGUUCGCCCAGCUUGUCUCCUUCUUGCCUUUUUGUUCGCCGCCAUUGCCGCCCACUCGGACUCAUGA